GUCUACUCUCGGACCGGUCCCACCAUGGCACCCGCAUCAGACCCCUGCUCUUUCGCCUCCUUCACCAAAUGCGCCACCAAACACCUGAACCUCACAUACCACGUGGAUUUUGACAGCCACGUUCUCAAAGGGAAAGCCGCUCUCACCAUCGAGGUCCUGGAAGACAAAUUCUCGUCUCUAAUUCUUGACUCGCGUGACUUGAAGAUCUCCGCGGUGACGGCCAAUGGGCAGCCGGCCAAGUUCACCCUGGGGCCGCAGCACAGCUUCAAGGGGGCCCCCCUCGAAAUCACCCUGCCCUUCGAGCUCUCCAGGGGUCAGCAUGUGAUAGUGGAGGUGUCGUAUGAGACGUCUCCUAAAGCCUCCGCUCUCCAGUGGCUCACCCCAACGCAGACCGCCGGCAAGAAGCACCCCUACCUCUUCAGCCAGUGCCAGGCCACUCAUUGCAGAAGCAUGGUGCCCUGCCAGGAUACACCAUCAGUCAAGCACACCUACUAUGCUCAGGUCUCGGUCCCUAAGGAGCUGGUGUGUGUGAUGAGUGCGGUGCGCGAUGGACAAGCGGCUGAUCCCCAAGACAACAGCAGAAUCAUCUACCGCUUCAGACAGCCGGUCCCGAUGCCCUCCUAUCUCAUUGCCAUCGUGGUCGGAGCGCUGGAGAGCAGGGAGAUCGGUCCUCGUACCAGAGUGUGGUCUGAGAAGGAGUACGUGGACAAGGCAGCCUUCGAAUUCUCUGAGACUGAGUCCAUGUUGAAGACGGCUGAGUCCCUGGCGGGGCCGUAUGUGUGGGGUCAGUACGACAUCCUGGUGUUGCCCCCCUCCUUCCCAUACGGAGGCAUGGAGAACCCCUGCCUCACCUUCGCCACACCUACUCUACUGGCUGGAGACAAGUCUCUUUCUAAUGUGAUUGCUCAUGAGAUCUCCCACAGCUGGACCGGUAACCUGGUGACCAACAAGACCUGGGAGCACUUCUGGUUGAAUGAGGGCCAUACGGUGUAUCUGGAGCGUAUGAUUGGCAGAGCUCUGGAGAGCGAGCAGUUCAGACAGUUCAAAGCCAUGGGAGGCUGGAAGGACCUGCAGGACUCAGUGAAUACGUUUGGUGCCAACAGCCCGCUGACCAAUCUGGUUCCGGACCUGAACGAGGUGGACCCCGACGUGGCCUUCUCCUCUGUCCCCUACGAAAAGGGAUUCGCCCUACUGUACCACCUGGAGGAACUCAUGGGCGGACCAGAGGUGUUCAUGGGCUUUGUGAAGUCCUACAUUCAGCUGUUUGCCUACAGCAGUGUCACCAGUGAGGAGUGGAAGACCUACCUCUUCACAUACUUCAAGGACAAGGUGGACAUUCUGAAUAAAGUGGAUUGGAACGCCUGGAUGCACACGCCUGGAAUGCCCCCCGUCAAACCCCAGUGA